CAAUUUCUAACAAAACUGUCGAUAUACUAGCUAGACUCUCCACAUAUCUACACACCUCUGUCAAUUGUAACUGGUAGUAAUCAUGUUAAAUCACGCGGUCAAAUGACAUGAUGUCCCGCGAUGUAGCGGUACUGCUCUUGUCUCUUCUAGCAGUUAACUAACUAGCAAGCUAAAUACCUCCCAUGUUUCUUCAAAUAAAAUACUGGAGUUAAUUCAAGGAGACUUUUAUUUUGAAAUUGUUGACUAAAUGUAUUUAGUUAUCCUCGCAACCUCUGGAAGGAUGUUAAGAUGGAUUUACUCUGCUCAGCGUGACAAGUGCCUAAGUUACACUAAGGCACUUAAUUAUGCUUUUGAAUGUGUUAUCUGAUUCUUAUUGGCAAUUGGUCAUUGACUGUGACCGAUGUUUCGGUUCGCUCGUGCUUUCCCACUCUCCCCUAUGGAACAUCUGGAACCAGCUGCACAGAAUAACCGUUAUCUUCUAUCAAAUAAUGUGUGUUGUGUAGGCAAGGCUGUGAUGAGGGACAUUACCCAUAACAGCAUUAAAAAAAACAUCUGGGUACUCCCUGUGUCAAAGCAGGGAGAUUAAAUUACAAAGUGCUUUUAAGAGAUUUAAUCGGUACCUAAAGAGUAUGUCAGUUUAAAAAUAAUACAGGUUGGAGUCCUAAGGUUUUCUGGUGGAAAAUGAAAAAUGAAGAGACAUUUCUUGGCAUGGACGGGAAAACCCACUUAAAUGGAGUGGAGAUGACACAUGAGGCGGCAGGUGUUCAGCCUCAGGACUUUUCAUCAAUGUUGCGCUUGUUCAAAACGUCCCUGUGCCUCCGGUGCAAACGUGUCACAGCUCUACCAUUAAACCUAAGGCCAUGUGCAACACUGAACUCAGCAGAGAACCAGCAGACCGUGGAGGCUCUCUACGAUCUCUCUGUGGACAUCCAGAAGGUCCGGAAACUUAACGGCUGGGUCCUGCAUCAGAGCCCAGCCUAUACUAAGGAGGUAGCUGACCUGCUGCAAGACAUGGGAGCCUCGGGCUCCAUCAUUGCCCGGAUCCUAGCGGUUCACCCUGAGGCAGUCCUCUGUCACCCAGAGCAGAUGCAGGCUCAGAAGGAGCUGUGGAUGUCUGUGUGCCCAAACCAGAAAGAGCUGGUUGGUAUCAUUGAGAAAUUCCCAGCCUCCUUCUUCACCUCCUCCAGCCACCAUGACAACCAGCGGAACAACAUCGCUUUCUACCAGAGCUUAAACCUCAACAAGCGAAUCAUCACCAAGCUCAUGGCGAGCGCUCCCCAGAGCUUCAGCCGGCCAGUAGAGCAGAACGAGGUGAUGGUGCGCACCCUCCAGCAGGCCUACCAGGAGCUUGGGGGGGAGGAGGCCAACAUGAAGAUCUGGCUUCAGAAGCUGCUGAGCCAGAACCCGUUUGUUCUCCUCAAGCCUCCCGAGGUGCUGAGGCAGAACCUGCUGUUCCUGAGAGACAAGGGCUUCAGCACGGCAGAGCUCCUCCGCCUCCUCUCCAAACUCAGGGGCUUUGUCACAGAGCAACCCGAAAGCAUGCGCUGCACCCUGGCGUACUCCCAGGACACCAUGGGCUGCUCCGAGGCAGAGCUGCGGAACAUCAUCCUCAACUGCCCAGCUCUGCUUUACUACCCUGAAGCAAUUCUGGCUGAGCGCUUUAAGGGCCUCCUCAGUGCUGGGAUCAGCAUGUCUCAAAUCAGAGAGACUCCAACCGUUUUGGAGCUGACCACGCAGAUAGUGAAUCAUCGCAUCGAGCUACUGAGGGCUCAUCUUUAUGACGUACGGACAGGUAGUCUGGAGGUCCUAAAUGGCACUAAGAAGGACUUUGAGAUGAGCUAUGGAAAACUACAGCUACGGCGAGAGAGACCACUUUUUAACCCUGUCGCCCCUUUAAAAGCAGAUGACUGACAGAGGCUGUAUGGACUAAUGCAAGUGAAUUAAAGCUGCAACUGGA